AGUAAAUACUCCGUAACGUGGCGCUGCAAAUGUAAGAAUCUCACACUACUCGUGAACCUUAACCUAAACCUAAACCUGAACGUCGUUGUCAACAUGUUCCACGGAUGCAAGAGGCUUUGUACCAGCGGCUUGAGAUUAUCGGCAUCAUCACGAUGUACCGGGAUGUUGUCGAAGGCAGAGGCGAGGAAACGGAGAUGUCAAUUGUUCGAAGAGGAGAAACAGAGGCAACGCUCUGAAUUAGGUAGAAUCGAAAAAAUAGAAGUGAAGUACCAGUCGGUGGAGGACGAGGUAGUGCUGGUAAUGAACCGCAAUAUUUCCACACCGCACGACUGCGCCAAGCACAUCUCUGAGAGCAUCACCAAGAUGUCUGCAAUUGCCUUCGUCGACGGUCAGAUUUGGGAUAUGCACAAGCCAUUCACAGGCAACUGUGAGCUACAACUAGUGACUAUGCAAACUCCACGAUCAGGCAUGAUUAAUAAUGCCUUUUGGCGAACGUGUUCGUUGAUUCUGGGUGCUGUGGCAGAAAAUGCAUUCAAAGAUAACGUGAACGUGCACCUACAUAGCUUUCCUUAUCCUGUAAUUCGUUCUGGCAGUUUUGUGUAUGAUGUAUUUAUCGAUCUGCCAAGCUGGCAACCAACCGAUUCUGAAUUACGUGCUAUGUCAGCAUUAUUUGUCAAGUUUAUAAAUCGUGAACUGUUAUUAGAAAGACUUGAAGUGCCAUGCAGCAUUGCUCAACACAUGUUUGAGGAUAAUCCAUUCAAAUACCAACAAAUACCUCAAAUCGCCAAAGAUAAUGAUGACGACAAGGUGACAUUAUAUCAGUUAGGUGAUCAUAUAGAUAUUAGCAAAGGACCUAUGAUAAGUAACAGCGGCUUGAUAGGGCGUGUCACUGUAACAGCAGUUCAUCGACUUACAAACGGGCCUGUGGAUGGCUUGUAUCGCUUCCAAGGUGUUGCCUUGCCCAAAGGAAUUAUGCUCAAUCAUUUUGCUUACAGUAUCUUGGAGAAUCGUGCAAAGAAAUUGAAUACAGUUACAUGGCAGCCGCAUAUAGUAGAACACGAAAUGAUGAAUAACGUAACAGCGUCUGCAAAUUAAAGAACACUCGUCUCACAAUCUAGGUGAGCUUUUGUGUAAAUAAAUGCAUCUUUUAGUUAUUACUCCGACUUAAUUCUACGUCGUUCUUUGACUCUUAAUCAUGGGAGACGGAUUAUGAGUCGUAAUUUAUCAUAAAUGCCUUGUAGUCCAAUAACUUACUCGAAAUAAAAAUCUGGAUGUUUUUUUACUCAA